AUGGACGCCAAUAUCACCAAAGCCCUCAAUGACAAGCUCUACGACAAGCGCAAGAGCGGCGCGCUCGAGCUCGAAGGCCUCAUCCGGGAUGCACUGGCUGCCCAGGACCACGACAGGAUAGCAAAGAUCGUGCACCAGCUCUGCCAUGAGUACGCCUAUGCUGUCCACCAGCCCCACGCCCGCAACGGCGGCCUGAUAGGUCUGGCUGCUGCCUCGAUAGCCCUGGGGCCAGAAGUAGCCCGCUAUCUCGAAGAAAUCGUGCCCCCAGUCCUCGCGUGCUUCGGCGACCAAGAUGCGCGUGUUAGGUACUAUGCAUGCGAGAGCAUGUACAACAUCGCAAAGGUGGCCAAGGGUGAGAUACUCGUCUACUUCAACCAGGUGUUUGACGCUCUCUGCAAGAUGGCUGCAGACUCGGAGCUCUCUGUCAAGAACGGCGCAGAGCUGCUGGAUCGCCUGAUCAAGGAUAUUGUCUCUGAGUCGGCUGCCAGCUAUGUCUCUGUGCUACAUGACACGCCCGACCAAGAGGACGUCGAAGACGAAGCCCACCCAUUCGCUUUCAACCUCGACCGCUUCCUCCCCCUCCUCGAAGAGCGAAUCAACGUCCUGAACCCAUUCACACGUUCCUUCCUCGUGGCAUGGAUCACGCUGCUCGACUCGAUACCCGAUCUCGAACUCAUCGCCCAUCUCCCGCGUUUCCUCGGCGGCCUCUUCAAGUUCCUGAGCGACAGCAACCAAGAUGUAUACACCAUGACGCAGCAAGCCCUGGACCGGUUCCUGGGUGAGAUAAAGAAGAUUGCGCGAAUCAAGAAGGGCAUAGCCGACAGCAAGAGGAGCAACGACAAACAUGGACGCAGGCACUCUAUAGGUAGCAUCCAUAGUGGAAGCGAAGCGACAGACAGCACGCCCCUUGAGCUCAACGACUCCAUGGAUGACAAGGGCGAUGCAAGUGGAGAAAGCGGCUCCAUCUCUGGGGACAGCGGAAAGUCUAUCAACGGAGACGGAAACUGGAUACCUGGGCAGGAUGUACACGUCGACCACCCCAAGAUUCUCGAGAUCCUAGUCGACUUUCUGGUCCCCCCAUCAGACACAGAGGAGGAGCAGACCGAGAUACUGCUGACAGCACUCCGCUGGAUAGACAACUUCUUCGACAUUUGCCCAGAAGACAUCAUGCCCUUUGUCCCAAGUCUCCUGUCGCACGUCCUGCCACGAAUGUCACACGACGUCGACACUGUUCGCAAGGCCGCAGUAAAGGUCAAUGCAUCGCUGAUGGACUAUAUUCUGUCAUUGUCCGACGACAAUCGCCCCCGCGAUGGGGCUGCAGGCGGACAGAUCCAGUUACCUCCUUCCCUAUCCGAGCUUGGUAAAGAGCUUACCGGCACCCAACGGCGAGAUUCUAAUCUAUCUGGCCGAUUGCUCAAGGCUGUCAUUCGUGACCAAGCCAACAAGGCUGAGUCGCCCGAUAGCAAGGGCACACGGUCCCCCACACCGGCAGAGGAGCGAGGUCCAUCACCACGUCCAAUACCAGAGCUGGACUACCAAGCUGCUGUCAGUGCUCUGACACUGCAGUUCUUGAACGAGCACGAGACUACUCGCGUUGCGGCCAUAGCAUGGCUGAUAAUGUUGCACAGGAUGGCUCCUGGCAGAAUACUGACUGUGGACGAUGGUACUUUCCCUGCUCUGCUCAAGACACUUUCUGAUCCUUCGGAUGCCGUGGUCACGCGCGACUUGCUGCUUCUCUCACAAAUAUCCUUACACAGCGAUGAUACCUACUUUACUUCAUUCAUGGUUAACCUCCUGAAGCUGUUCUGUACGGACCGCCGACUCCUCGAAACUCGUGGAAACCUCAUCAUUAGACAGCUUUGCAUAACACUAAGCGCUGAGCGUAUAUACCGUACCAUGGCUGACUGCCUUGCCAAGGACGAAGAUGUCGAGUUUGCCAGUAUUAUGGUCCAAAAUCUCAACAACAAUCUCAUUACUGCACCAGAGCUUGCCGAUCUCCGAAGACGACUCCGGAAUCUCGACAACAAGGAUGGUCAAUCGUUUUUUGUUAUUUUGUUCAAGGCGUGGUGUAACAACGCUGUAGCCACCUUCUCACUGUGUCUCCUUGCUCAAGCUUAUGAGCAGGCAUAUCAUUUGCUUCAAGUCUUUGCGGAUCUUGAAAUGACAGUCAACAUGCUCAUCCAAAUCGACAAGCUAGUCCAGCUCCUCGAAUCUCCUGUCUUCACCUAUCUCCGAAUGCAGCUCCUCGAGCCGGAACGGUACCCACAUCUCUACAAGUGCAUGUAUGGUCUACUCAUGCUGCUCCCUCAAUCGUCGGCCUUUGCAGCGCUUAAGAACCGCCUCAACAGCGUCUCGGCCAUCGGCUACCUGCACAUUGCGCCGCAACGCAGCAGCUCGACGUAUGUUCACCCUUCCUCGUCCUCUCCCACUUUAAACCACUUGCGGCAAAAAAGCUCAGAAGUCGGCUCGAACAGCAGUAGUGGUAGCGGAAUUCCGUCGUCUGGAGGCCCCAAUGCUUCGACAUUUGAGCGUCCAGGCCGCUUGAAGCCGAGAGAUGGUCUAGGCGGUCCGGAAGCGGGUGGCAGCGUCAAGUGGACAGAAUUGCUCGAGAGAUUCAAGCAGACGCAGGAGAAGGCCAGACGUAGCCAGCGAAUGGCCAGCAUGGGCGAGGAGGAAGAAGUGCAGGAGAAGAUGGGCCCAAGUGCUCCUACGCCGGCUGUACCACCAAAACCCGCUGGACUGAGACCUGGUAGUCCGGCGAGCGCGAUGAGGCCACCUCCCACGCCUGCACCACCAGGCCCCGUGCUGGGACAUAAGCCCAGGUCCAGUUUGAGCAACCUAGGGCGAUUUGCUGGAGGUGUAGCCGGAAGGAGGAAGGACAAGAAGUAG